AGGGCAGGGAGUCAAAACCAAGAUGCAGAUGGUCUCUCUCGAAGGCCACAUGGUGAGCUUGUGGAUGACCUAACCUCACUAAAAGAGAGGGAAAGGAUUAGGCAAUUCACUUUGCACCAUCUUAUGGAGUCAGAAGAUGAGUCACCUGUUGUGAUGGCAGAAGUAGUGAAAGCGAUCUGCGAAAAGCAUCAAGUAGUUGGGUCACCCCAAGGACUCCAUUGUAUCCCUUCGAUUACUUUGGUUGAGUCUCUUACCCACUGUGUGGAUGUCCUUCCAUACGAGUUCCAGCAUGAGGAUGAACAUGGUCUCCCAAGUCUCCCUCAUCUCUCACAAGCUGCUUUGGCAGAGUUGCAGAGAAAGGAUCCAGAGUUGAAAAUUGUCAUUGAAAGAGUAGAAAGUGGGGUUAAGCCUUGUAAGUUAAAGGAACUAUCUUCUGCUGUGAGCUUAUGGUUAAAGGAAUGGAAGCGUCUUGAGUUGAGGAGUAAUGUUCUGUACAGAAAGAGGCAGGAACACGGAGCUUCAUCAUACCAGUUGGCUUUACCUACCUCACUUAGAAACACCGUAUUACAGAGUCUCCAUGAUGACAUGGGUCAUCUUGGUAUUGAACGAACACUGGAUCUUGUGAGGACAAGAUUCUUUUGGCCGAAAAUGUCUCAUGCAGUGGUACAGAAGGUAAAAACCUGUGAACGCUGUGUUCGGCGGAAAACACCUCCUGAAAAAGCAGCUCCUUUGGUUAAUAUUCAAACAAGUAGGCCCCUUGAGUUGGUGUGCAUUGAUUUCCUAUCCUUAGAGCCGGACCAAAGCAACACUAAGAACAUUCUGGUUAUCACUGACCAUUUUACAAAGUAUGCUAUGGCCAUACCUACUCGAAACCAAACUGCCCAAACAGUUGCAAAAAGUCUUUGGGACCACUUCUUAAUACACUAUGGGUUUCCCGAGAAGCUGCAUAGUGACCAAGGAGCCGACUUUGAGUCACGUACUGUCAAGGAGCUGUGUAAGGUUGCAGGAAUACACAAGGUCAGAACAACCCCAUACCAUCCUAGGGGGAAUCCAGUGGAACGAUUUAAUCGUACACUGCUCCAAAUGCUUGGAACACUGGAAAAUGAGAGGAAAUCUAGGUGGAAGGAGUAUGUAAAACCCCUAGUGCAUGCCUAUAAUUGCACCAGGCAUGACACAACUGGAUAUACUCCCUACGAGCUCAUGUUUGGGCGACAACCUCGUCUUCCUGUUGACUUGGCAUUCGGGUUGCCAGUGGACACUCCCAACAAGUCUCACUCACAGUAUGUGGAAAACUUGAAGAAUCGUUUACGGGAAAGUUACGAGAUGGCUACCAAAAAUGCUGGAAAGAUUGCAGAACGUAACAAGCAACGGUUUGACAAGCAUGUAGUUGCCUUAACUCUGGAAGAAGGUGACCGAGUUCUAGUGAGGAAUGUGCGUUUGCGAGGCAAACAUAAAUUAGCUGACAAAUGGGAGCAAAAUGUUCAUGUUGUUGUCAAGAAAGCACAUAACCUACCGGUGUAUACUGUCAAACCAGAAGGAAAGGAUGGUCCGUUAAGAACUUUACACCGUGACCUCUUGUUACCCUGUGGAUUUUUGCUAUCAAAUAAGCUUGUAGAACCACCAAAACAGAAACCAGCCAGGAAGCCUCUAACCAGAUUUUCCCUUAACAAUGAGAUGCAGGAAUCAGACUUAAUUUCCGAAAACUCAGAAUCUGAGGAGGAACACAUCGUCAGUAAUGUGCCUGAAGGAACAUUAAGUUUUGAAACUCAAAUUAUUGUUGGUCCUGAGUACAUACCAGUUGGGGAGUCUGGUGUUAGCUUAACAGUCCUCGAUCCUGCUGUGGAAGACGUGUCUGUUUCGGAAUCUGUAGUAAGUAAUCCAGAAGAACCUGCAAAGAAACACUUACCUGGUGUGGAACCUGUGGAAAAAGAAACAAAUGAGUUAAUUGAAGUAGAAAAAAAUUCCAAUGCACUUGAGUCAAGUGACACUGUGCCAAUUGUCCUGACUGAGAAAAACUCAGAGUCAGAGCAAUCCUCAGAGCUUUGGAGUGAGUCCCCUGACCAAACAGCCAAGAAUGUGCUAGAUAGUUUUGAGUGGGAAACUGAACAAAAUCUGAUACCCAGCAAUGUGGGACAUACUGAAAUUUUGCAGAAUGAGCAACCCACUUGUAAUGAACCAGAUGAUAUUUUACUCAGACGAUCACAGAGGGAGCGACGGCCUCCCAAGAAGUUUGAAUAUCCCCAGUUAGGGAAUCCACUUACCUUAGUUAUACAGUCUUUGUUACAAGGCCUUGAUACAGCUCUCUGUUCUUCUUUAGAGAAGUCAGUUGUUGCUCCAGUGCGUCAUCUGUGAAUACUGUUUGCUGUGCAAUGCAAAGGGACUUGCAUGUAUUCGAGAGGGGAGGGUGUAACCCAGGUUACUGUAGUCCUUAUUAAGCCCUUUAACCGAAUAAAUAAAUAAGAACAAUAAAUGGAGUACAUGUAAAAUUAUUUUAUUUGUAUUUUGUAAUAGUCACAAUGUUAUCAAAAAGAAAAAAAGAAACAUUAUAUAAUCGUAGAAUACAGAUUAAAUUAAAUGCAUCUAUUUAACUGCGAGUGAAAAAAAUACUAGCUCCGCCUCCCGGAAUGACGUCAUCUGCGCGCGUUGAGUUGAGAGAGAGGCAGAAUCACAGCGUGAGAGGAGUGAAACGAGAGAAACGUGAACAGCUGAAGCGAGCUCGCGGCCCGCGUCGUGUAUAGCUGUAAAAUUUGAGAAAUUAGAAGUAAAACAAGCAGUUGAAACUUGAUUUAGUUGCUGUAAUAUACUACUGUCCGUACUCAAACCCCCAAUCGCGUUUGGACCAAGGACAGGAAUCGUCUGAAGCACAGAUCUGAUUAGGCUGUAUUUUUUUUUGGUUCAUAAGUGAUUUUUCCUUCAACUAUAACUACUAUAUUUCUUGGUUGGGUUUUUUUUUUUGUGUGUUCUUUUCCUCUGUUUUGUUGUUCCAUCUUCUCUGUUCGUGAUCCUGACACCUGACAUUUGGAGUGUGGAGUUCUAGAAGUCCAAAGUAUUCUUGUUUCUGCCAUCUUGGAGGACAUUCGCUGUUGGUGGAAACUGGCGAGCCGCCCGGUUUUACGGAACCAAUAUUUCGUGUUGCCCAAUUCAUCUGAUUGGUAGGAAAUUUGAGUUUAUAUUUUCCAUCGUCUAUCGGACACAGGAACGACUGGAAGCCAGAGUCAUAUUUAGUUCUAUUUUUCUGGAACUGAUCUACUAAUCAGUGUUAAAACAAAACACUGCAACGGGUGCAUUAUAAACAUUUGAGUUUAUUGAACUGAACUUGAACAUUUCACAACCAAACAGGUGAUCAAUCAUAUUUGUUUGAUGGACUAGUGAAUCAUUUUGCCGGAUCACUUUGGUAUCUGACAAGAAAUUAUUUUCUGGGUUAAAUUUUCUAGCCGUUUUUUUCCUAAUUGAAGUGUUUCAAUUAUUACUAUGGUCUUACUUACCUGAAGAGUGCUGAAGUUGUUUAUAUUUACCUUUUACAUUUUGUUUUUGUGAAGAAAACACUUGACAUAGUGUGAAAAGCCUUUAUUUUAUUUUAUUACUUUAUAUUUGGGGAAAUAUACAUUUCAAAGUCCAAAUUUGAGAAUAAUUAGUUUGUUAUUUUAUUUAAUUUAUUUCAUUUCUCACUAAUAUUUACAAUAUAAAUCAUAUAUAUUUUGAUACAAAAAUUCCUGUCUUGUGUCAUCAUUUCCCUUGUCUUGCUGCAAAGUUGGCUCCAGAGCGAACUUAAACUUCUGAUAACUUGGUCCAAAGUUGAUAGUAUAAUAUUGUAAUCUCCUUGGUUUCUAUAUCGUGCGG